AUGCCUGUUUUUAAUUUGGAAUUACAAGCCAAGCGAGCGCGGGGCGCCGAGCCCGAGUUCACGGGCGCCCAGUUCAAGGCCGCGCUGCGGGACCCGCAGGCCGCACCCGGGGGUCUGGAAACUUUCAUUUCCAUAGCUAAAACACUACCUUCUGCUGAUGUAUAUGAUGUUGUGGAGGGAUACAUAAAAAUUUCUGUGGAGUGUGCUGAAAUUUUCAAACUUCUAGAUGGCGAAAGAAGGCCUGAAAGCGAAAUGCUGUUAAUCUUUCAAGUGUUGGAAACCAUCUUAUUGAGAACAGCAAGCGACCUCUCCCAUUUUUCUGUCGUGGGGGUGAACAUAGUAAAGAAGUUGAUUAAUAGCUAUAUGAGAUUAAUUUAUGCUGCUUUAUAUUCUGAAAGUCACAGGUUGACUCGAGUAUGCCUCACCUUAUUAUCAGCGAUGGUGGCCCAAGGCCCAGAUUCAGCAAGGGACGUCUAUAGUCAUUUUGAUUUUAAUAAUAAAUUCUUGCCUGGAUUAGUGAAAAAAAGAGACAAGAAGGGGAGAUAUGAUGUCCGAAUGGCCUAUAUUCAAUUUGCUCUCUCCUUUUUAAUUGCUGGUGACAACACAAUUCUAGUACAAGUGCUAGAGUUAAAAGAUUUCAUUCCAGAUAUCUUUCGUACUGGAUUGAAGGAAGAUAAAGUUUCUACAAUAAAUCUUUUAGUUUCCACUUUGAGAACCAAGGUGGUUCAAAAUAGAGUCAUCACUAAGACUCAGAAGGUGCGUUUUUUCACUGCUGAAGUGUUGAAUCACAUUGCUACUCUUUAUCGCUGGAAUGGGAUAACCGAUGUCAGCACUGAGGAUGUACAGGUUAUGCAAGAUCCUGAAGAGGCUGGAAAGGUCAUGAUAAGAGAACUGGUUCAUAAUUUCUUAAUGGACCUCUGCUGUUCUCUGAAAUAUGGCAUAAAUUUCUAUGAUCCAAGUCUUGGUACAUCUGGCAGAGGAGGAAAUUUGGUUCUUCUGCGCUUCCUGCUGGGUUUAAAAACUGCAACAGAGGAUGAGAUGGUUGCUGAUCUUGUGGUGAACAUUCUUAAAGUGUGCCCAGACUUACUGAACAGAUACUUUAAGGAAACCCACUAUUCUUUUGUUCCCAGACAAAAGUCAGCUUGGUUAGAAAAUAUCAAAUUACUAAGAAAGAUCUACGAGGCUCAACCUGAAAUUUCCAGCUCUUUCAAAACCACAGAGUUUAUUCCACUUUCUAAAUUGCUUUCAGUGGUGAUGGUAACAACUGUUCCUGUUGUGUGCAAUAAAACCAUGUUCACCCAAGGAUUAAAUUUACCCAGCAAAAUAGUGAAGCACACUGUCUUGUCCCUUAUGUCAACUAUUUUGAAAAGAGCUCUGAAAAACAUUGAGCACUGUUUGAAUGAGGACACCUGGCAGAAGUCAGAAAUCUACACCCCGUCAGUGAUGCAGGAAUUUGUACAGCUAUACAGAGAAGCCCUCAGCAAGCUUUUACCAGACAUGACUAGUAUAGUGGCAGUCUGGCAGUCGCUACUUAAGCAAGAGAAAGAACAUCAUGUUGGACAAGGAAAGGCUGGGGAAGACACUGUCUCCACCUCAGAGGAAAUGACCGAGAUCACAGAAACUGAUGAGCAACAUGGUUCAGAUGAUGCAGAAACCACACUUCUGAAAGCUGUGUUACUUCAGGUCAUCUGCCUUUAUCAGAAGGUUGUUCCCCAUACCGUAACUCAGAGCAACUUUGAUUUCAGCAAACUGCUAAAAGGUAUUGUCACUGAAAAAGGGCUCCGAGAGGAGAUUCCUCCUGUUCUACAGCACCACAUACUGAAAGUGGCCCUGGAACUGCCUGCAAACAAAUUUGCCUGGUUUAAAGUACAGGAUGUCUCGGAAGCAGAGAAAGUGUGUGGUGAAAGAUCGGUUUUCUAUUUACUGAUGAAAAUGUUUGUAACAAGUAAUCAUUCACAACUGAAAAUAUCAAUGAAAAAAUUGAUCAUCAAGGUUUUGUAUGACAGUGGAGUAUUUGAAUACACGUGGAAGGAACUUGUACUUUGGCUGGAACAUUUGGAUAAUACAAUAGAAGACAAGAAGGAAGCAGUGAUUCAGUUUUUGGAAAGGAUUUUACUGAAAUUGGUGACAAAUCCUUAUCCAUACACAGAUAAAGCAGCAGACCUUGUCCAGGAAGCCAGUAUGUUCCAAGUCAGCUUGUUUAAGCAAGACUCUGAUAAUGUCAGCAUACCCAUCUCUCACAUUGAUGAUGUGUUGGAUAUGGUUGAUGUCCUUGUGGAAGGCAGUGAUGGCUUGGAUGAAGAAAUUGGAUUUGCUUUGAAUGAAGACAUGAUACUACACACUUUUCCAUUCAGUGCGGUUGUCCCUGCUGCAUUAGAAGUCAGGAACAAGUUACUGCUUCAGGCUGAAAAUGAAAUGGGAGAGAGUAUACUGGAGUAUCUUGUUGCUGUUUUCACUGACCUCCUCCAUUCGCAGAGAGAUCCCUUGGCCCUUUGUUUGAUGUUUCAGCUCUUUGAUAAAGAGCUCCAGCCACCGUAUACGUCUCAGUAUCCUCAGCUCUGUCAGUUUAAUCAAUACUAUAAUCUUUGGAUACCACAGCAAGCUAAAGAAACCUUGUUUAAAGAAUCCAAGGAUGUGUGCAGGGAGCCUGUCCGGCAGCCACGUUCUUCGUUUGCCUCCCUGCUAAAGCACGCUUAUGAGAGAGGUGAUGCCCUCCUCUUAGAAGACAGUGUUCAGGCAAAGCUGAGAGACAUGGCAUCCCAGCUCCGUGGUCCACAGCUUUUGCUAGAAGUCAAACAUGUGCUGCUGUACCUAAAGUCCACAGUGGAGAACUUUGGCAGUUUCAGUAGGAGUUCUGGUCCUCUUCUCCUCAGUGUCUACGUAGACCUGCUAGGCAGUCUACUGUGCUGCUGUGACCAGGUGGAGCAAUGUAAUCAGCAGAAUCAAGAAGGGUCCCAGACUGAGUCAGAUCUCUUUAUGGAUAUGGAAGCUGUGGUUGUGGUGGAGUCUGCAGAUGACAAGGUGCUAGAAGAGGUGCUUACAUUGAUCUUCAAACAUCCUACCAUGGAGACCUGGUUCCUGGCUUUAGAACAGCAAGCUCUUCCCCAACACAGCUUGAACCCUGUGACUGUGAAACUUCUGGCAGCUCAGCUAAAUAAUGGCAUCCUUCGUUUGUUGAAAAUGAGUGCCCCGAUGUUGCAAAACAUGAAACGCCUUGAUGUGCUGUCUAACUAUUUGGAAGCUGUUGUAAAAAGCAUCUUGACAGAGUUGCAUGCUGUGAGGAAAGAAAGAAACAAGGCAUCUUUUAAAAAGUCCCGGCAGUUGGAGGCUCUGCAGGAUUUGCACAUGUACAUGGAUGCAGCUCAGUUAAAAGAAGUUGUGCUAACCCUGCUUCAGCUCCCUGAAGUGAUCUUGACCACUCAGACACCUGAAAAUUCUCCCAAGAAAAAGAAAUGUUUGAGCUUGUACGGUCAGAUGCUUGUGCAGCUCCUCACAGAAGGCUACCAAAGACAACCCUUAAAAGAAGAACUGCUGUUAUCCACAGAGCAUAUUAAGGGAAUGGGGACCCUGCUGCCAACGUCAAACAAUGAAGAGCUAGGGAAAGUUCUCCUACAAGCUCUGGAAAGAGAGCCUCUCUUGGCAUGUGCUGUUGGGGUAGAUGUAUCCAUUUAUUGCCUGAACCAUGUGACUGAAACUUCUCUUGCCAUUGUGGCUUUGUUGAUCAGGCACUGUCACACUCAUCUGCUGCAGUUUGAGCUGUGGUGUCUGAAUUGUGCAACUGCAAAGUACCUGAGGAAAAAUAUGGAUACCUUUCUUCCGCUCAUUAAUGUCUAUUUACAAUGUAAGGAGCAGUGCAACUUUACACGGCUGUCAAGAGUUUCCUCAUCUGUUGUGCCUGUUUUGAGAGAAGCUUUUUGGAAACAGCUCUCAAAUGUAGUUCUAGAUAUGGAAGCAUCACCAAGAACCACAAUGAAGUUACAAGUGUUUUCUAAGCUGAUACAAGCUUCAGAAAUCGAAGCACUAAGUAAUUUAAUUGACAAGCUACCCACAACUCUUGAGAGAGCAGGAAAUCAUGAGAGUUGGAUUGUGGCAGAUUCCAUAUCUAGAGUGCUUGAGAGCUCUGAUAAAGACUUGACCUCCUGGAGGAAAAGCCUGUUGUCAGCCUGUGUACAGUGGUUAAUUGCAGCAUACAACAAUAAUAAGGAAGAAGAAACCAACCAAGAAACAGAGAAGUCAAUGCUGCUGAGGCUAGAAGAACUAUUGCACUUAGUUAAUGAAGUGGGUGCAGCUGACUGGCACAGUCUUGUGAAAAUGGGACUCAAGUACCGCUAUCGAGAACAAGUGUUUCUGGAAACUCUUAAUUCUGCUAUUCAGUCAUUGUAUAGGGAAGACAGCUCAUUUAGUAAGAAAUUAGUCAAGCUCUCCACGGUUUACAUGAUGAUCACACAGCACUCUUUAUUUUUGUCAACCAUGCUGAGAUCAAGAGAAGAUGAUGACACAAAUGUCCAAACCAGAGAGGCAUUAGUGGAUAUAUUGUCCACUAUAGUGAAACUGAGUCCUUCAGUCUGUGAGAGCAGUCACUUUGCUGUGUUGCUUGGAGCAUAUGGUGCAACGCUGAGUGUCGUUGAUCAGAAAAUAUUGCUGCUGCUUCAGUUGUAUGAGAAAAAUGGUCUAAGCCUCAUAAACUUUAGGAUCCUUUUAUGGGGUCCAGCAGCUGUGGAACACCACAAGACUUGUAAGAGUCUAGGGAAGUCACUGUGGCAGCAGCCAAGCAUGGAGGAAAUUUUGUGUCUAUUAGAUCGAGAGAUGAUGAUGAAGACUAUUCUGCACUUCCCUCAGCAUCGCCGUCUUCUGCCACCACAGGAAGGACAAGUGCUGUUGUAUAGGGAUGAAAGUGUGAAGGAUCUUAAUGAGCUCUAUGAUCCCUGUUUUUUGCUUCAGCUCUUCAGUGAAUUGACCAGACCAGAGUAUGUAGUGGCAUGUCAUAAAUUUGUAGAGGUGAAUGCCUUGGGCCUAACUGUAGCGGCACUUAGCAGCUAUGAUGCGAAUAUGAGAGCAGCUGCAUAUUAUGUCCUGGGUUCCUUUCGCUCUCACCUGGAAGGGGCUCGUUUUCGAGAACAGAGACAGUUGCUUUAUCUUAUGGAUGUUGUACAAAAUGGAAUCCGACAACCAAACCUCAGGUUCACCUUCUCCUUGACCAUCUACAUUGCUCGAGUGGCACAGCAAAUGCUGAAGCCAGAGCAGCACAUGUACUCAAAGAUAAAUAAAUUUCUUCUGUCACACCAGUAUUUGGACUUGAAGAAAGUACCAGGCUUUUAUCAGUUUUUCUACAGCUUUGAUUUAGAGCACAAAACAGAACGCGAGUGGAUUCUUAGACUGCUUGGAGAAGGACUGCGGGAUAAGCACUGCUAUGAGCUGUAUGACUACCAGAGGAUUUUCCAUGUCAUACUGUCAUUUUUUAAUAGUCCCCUGUGUGAUGAAACCUCCGAGAAUCACAUUCUGGAGAUACUGCAGAAUGCUGCUUAUAUCACAAAAGCUGCCUAUGGACUGAUACAAGACCACAGCCUUCUUACCUGGAUAUUGGGUAUCCUUGAGAAAAAGUUUUUGGAAAAUAAGGUGCUAACCAGUGUCAUCUCCUUAGUCCACACACUAUGGGUAACAAAUUUAGGAGACAAAGGAAGGAUGAUGUCAACUGAAGCUCCAAAUGAAAAAGAGCUGCAGCCCCAGAAGAUCCCAAAGUUUCUUCCUCUUCAGCUUAUAAAUGAAUUUCUGUAUGUUCUGAUCAUGCUAGUUAAACACAUUCGGACCAACUUAGAUUUAGCCAGUCUGACUCAGUUUUUCAGUACAUUCAGCUCUGUGCUUGGAUACCGUGCUACCAUUAUUGAGGCCUUCAGAAAAAUGAACAGAUUUACUGUGAAUGAGAGCAUCCUUUCAAACAAAGAUAUCCUUAUGCUCUUACAUAAGUGGAGCAUUGUUGAAAAGAACCUGCAGCUCCAAGAUGAUCUGCAAAUGGUUAUUCAAAAGUAUCAAGUCAAAGAGUUGCUUAAAAAUAUUAGAGAAAAGAACAAAGCCCAAGUUCCAUUUCGGUCUUCAUCUCGCCGUGUUCGGAAAAAGAACGAAUUAGAAAGAGAGGAGGAAACUGACUCAGAGCGGAAAUUCUCCAACUUGGAGAAAUGCAGAGACCAUUUGACUUCUGUAUUAAUCCAGUGGGAGCCAGUUCUUCCAACCCAGUCUGCUAAACUUCCAGAGGAGCCCCUGGAGUCUUCUGCUCCUGAGAAUGAAACUGUCAGCCUUACACAUGAAAUUGCUUAUAUAGUAACCAGAUGGCUAGUGAAGUGUAUGGUGGAUCAUAGCCUCAAGAUGCCAAAUGUGUUUCUGAUUCUCGAGUGGCUAAAAAACAGGAUUUUGCCACACCCUGUAGUGGUGAAGAAGAUGCUUAGGGAUGCCCCACUGCAUAGUGAUAUCUUUAGGCUUUACAGCAGAGUCUGUGAAGCCAGUGAAGGGAUGUCAUCCCAUCUUAAAGAUUCUUGUUUGUUUAGCACAAUCAUGCUUCAGCUUAUGGAUGCUCAGGGCCUGACGAACAGCAGUUUUCAUGAGCCUGUGAAAAUGCUGUGUCUGGGAGCAGUGAAUGAGGAGGACAAGAUCAAAAAAGGAGUCUGUGUGUUCCUGGCUUCUGUUUACAUUGGGGACAUUUGGCUUGGAGCUCAGGAACCAGAUACAUUAAUAACCCAUGUCAAAUUGAUCUGUGGUAGUACAGAUGGUAUAUUAAAUGCUGAUGACAGGAAACACCACAAAAAAGCAGAUGAAUUCAUUGUGUCACUUUGCAAAGAACUUAAUUCAGCUGUGCUGGGACAUUAAUUCUCUUUAAUGACUCUUAAUCUUAAAUGUCAGAUGCUUACAUCAUCAUUGCUGGUAACGCUGAAAUCUUGGAGAUGCACUAUUGUACAAAUUUAAAUUAUUUUUCAGUGAAAAACAAAAGUUGACUAUGAAGCACAAGUUCUGAAAGAGACUUAAAAGACUUCUGUGCAAAAUGAACCUUGCACUGAAAAAUUCAAGCAGGAUUUGUUCAGAUAUGGACAGGGCGGGACCCUGAAACUUCUGUGUCAGUUAUAUUACAGACAUUAUUUUACUUUGUAAAAUGGAGGGGAGAGGAGGAAAGACUGAUUACUGUAGUGCCUCAGAACUCCAGUUCAGUCCCUCACGUAGUUCAGGUCCGUCGUGUGUCAAAUUGAGGAGUAAAAAGCAAUUACCGUCUCUUACCAGAAUCCAAAGUUAACGCAAAGAAUAAGUAUUUAUAUGAUUAGUCAUUACGAUUUAGUAUUCAUUCCAAAUGGCAGCUACUCCUUAUGGAAUAUAAAGCCCAAACCAGCAUAAGGAAAUGCAACAAACUAUGGAACCGUGACAUUCUGCAUCUUUUGAAAAUGAAAUUACUUUUUAAAAGCUGUAUCAGAGUUCUUCUGGUUUUGUUGUUUGCCAGAGAAUGCAAGUUUUAGCUACUGUAACAAAGAUGGCAAGCCUAUCUUCUCCCAUAAUGGAAUAGGUGAACAAUGAAUUUUUGUGUUCUUAUCUGUGCUGUAACCUGCCCUAUGCUUUUCCUGCUCUGGGGUGAGUAUCCUUCUAUCACAUCCUACUCCUACAGCAGAGUGAAAGGGACAAUGAACUUGGAUCUCUUGUGUGGAAGUAGCUAGCAUCAUGUUCUUUCUGACAGCCGUGACCCUUUCUGAUAACCUGACCUUCUGCCUGUUUUCUCAGUAAAACUAUAAUGGUUUGGUACUGUUCAUACAUGUGAAAUUGAAGAGGAUGCUCUCUCUUUCAGCUGAAGACCAAAAAUACUAAAUUGGCCUAAGGAAGGAGCAAAAUAAUUGCCCUGUGUGAUUACAUAGGUUUUUCAUUGUAUAUGUUUUAUGAAAUCUAAUAAAUAUUUCUUGAACAAGACAAACAAAGGGCAGUUUGACACACCAUUUCAGAUGCAGGGUCUUGCAGGUGCUGUAUUUGAAAUUUUACAGUCUAAACCAGGAUUCUUAAAUUUAUUCUCAAAUAUGUGCUCUGCACUGGAACUUUGUACAGAUUUCAUACUGGAAGUACAUUCAUAAGCAUGGUGUUACAUUCUAUGUUAAUAUAUUUUGGAAUAAAACAUAUAAUUUUUA